UUAAUCAAGAAGAAAAAAAUAAAGUAGGGUCAGUUUGUUUGAAGAAUAAAGAGAAAAGUGAGCAUGUACGGGAAGAUGAGAAAGGGAGUAGACUACUAGACUUUAGAAGGGUUUUUCAAGCUGUUCGCCGUUUCUCCUUAGCAAAAUCUGUUUGAUCAUCUGCAAGUUUUGCUACUUCUUGAAACAGGGAAAUUACAUAAUCAGGCCUGCAGAAGUGACUUGGAGUGGAGAGUUGUUAUCGUUCAUGUACGGUGACCGAACAGUGAUUGGAGAGACCAGAGCAGAACGAUUAUGUCACUAAUUUGAAUAACACCAGCUGAUAGAAAUGCAUACUACCGGACUAGAUUUGCUUCCGAGUUUUUCAUUCAUUUUUAAAGACCAGUUGGACUGACAACCUUGCUAUAGUUCGGCAUAACAUUAAUUGUGUUAUGAAGAAAAGCUAGGAGUAUAUAUACUCUUCAGUGCCGUAAUUAAGCUUCAUAAUUAUUUACCAAUAUAAAAUGGCCAUCAUGGUGGGCCCAUCUGGCUUUAAACGUGGGAUUGGUACCCACAACCAUCUGCAAGAUGUCAUCAACCUUAUUCAUGGAAAAGAGUAUAUUGAAAAUUUCUUACAGUUGCACGUUAAGAUGGCCAAAAAUGAUGGAAUAGCAGUUGGAAUCGAUCUAGGCACAACAUACUCUUGCAUCGGAGUUUGGCAACAUGGCCAAGUUGAAAUCAUUGCAAAUGAUCAGGGCAACAGAACUACACCAUCAUGUAUUGCUUUCACUGAUACGGAGCGUUUUAUUGGCGAUGCUGCCAAGAAUCAGGCUGCUCUCAAUCCUGUCAACACUAUUUUUGAUGCUAAAAGGUUGAUUGGAAGGAGAUUUGCUGAUUCAACUGUACAAAGUGACAUAAACCUCUGGCCAUUUAAGGUUAUCUGUGAUCCUGCUAACAAACCUAAAAUAGUUGUCAAUUACAGAGGUGAGGACAAACAAUUUUCACCUGAGGAGUUGUCUUCAAUGGUUCUCAUUAAGAUGAAGGAAAUUGGUGAAGAAUACCUGGGUCAGAAAGUAAAGAAUGCUGUUGUCACUGUCCCUGCACACUUCAAUGACUCACAGCGCCAGGCUACUAAAGAUGCAGCAACAAUAGCUGGUCUCAAUGUGUUGCGUAUCCUUGUUGAACCAACAGCAGCUGCAGUCGCUUAUGGUCUUGGCCAAAAGCUUACAAGUAGUUUAGCUGAAGAGAAAAUUGUUCUUAUUUUCGAUCUUGGCGGUGGUACUUUUGAUGCGUCUCUUCUCAAAGUCAAAAAGAAUAAUAUUAAAGUUCUGGCUACAGCAGGUAAUACUCACCUUGGAGGUGAAGACUUUGACAAUCGUUUGCUACACCAUUUUGUUGAAGAAUUCAAAAGGAAGCACAGAGAAGACAUCAGCCGAAACUCUAAAUCUCUAAGAAGAUUAAGAAGUGCUUGUGAAAAGGCAAAGAGAGUUCUCUCUCAUAAUGCUAUGACUAGGGCUAUGACAACCAUUAAUGUAGAUUCUUUGUAUGAGGGAAUAGAUUUCUGUGCAAAAAUUACUCGUGCCAGAUUCGAGGAUUUGAACAUGGAUCUUUUUAGAAGUUGUGUGGAGACUGUGGGAAAUUGUUUGAGAGAUGCAGGGAUGGAGAAGAGUAGGGUUCAUGAUGUUGUUCUUGUGGGUGGAUCUACCAGAAUUCCUAAAGUGCAGCAGCUAUUGCAAGAACUUUUCAAUGGUAAGGAGCUCUGCAAGAACAUUAAUCCUGAUGAGGCUGUUGCUUAUGGUGCAGCUGUCCAAGCUGCUGUACUGACUGGUGUGAGCGAUUAUAAUAUUAGGGAUUUAGUACUGCUUGAUGUUACUCCUCUGUCACUUGGAAUUCGGAUAAAGGGUGAAGUAAUGAGUAUUAUUAUUCCAAGGAACACAACAAUUCCCACCAGCAGAGAAGAGGUAUACACUACCCCUUUUGAUGAUCAGGUGGCCAUGGAAAUAUCAGUUUUCGAGGGGGAGAGAUCAAGUUCGACACAUAACAACUUACUGGGUGAGUUCACACUUAAUGGCCUCCCUCCGUGCCCAAGGGGUGUAGUUAAAGUUAUAGUUACAUUUAGUAUUGAUGCAAAUGGAGUGUUACAAGUUACUGCUGAGUGUAAGAUUGCUGGGGUAAAACAGAGUACAACAAUAAUUAACGACAAGGGAAGACUUACAGAAAAUGAGAUUGAGAGGAUGAUAGGAGAUGCAGAGAUGUACAGGGCUGAAGACGAGGAGUUCAAAAGGAAGAUCAAGGCAAUGAAUGCAUUUGAAGAUUAUGCAUAUAACCUGAGGAGUACCAUUAGAGCUAAACGUAACCUGAAGGAAGCUGACAAGAAGAAGCUGGAGGAAAUUAUCAAGUUGGCUAUUGAGUGGAUUAAUGCAAACACUAGUGCUGAAGCUGAUGAGUACAAGUUGAAGAUGAAGGAACUGAAGGAUACUUGCAAUUCCAUCAUUUCAAGCUAUUCAGAGAUACGUAUCGAGGAAAUUUACUAGUCUCCAUGUUUCAUUGCAAGUUCUAAAUAUAUAUUGUCUGGAUUAGAUCUUUUGAAUACACUUGAGGUUACUUGCCAUCAGUGUGAUUGUUUACCCAACUGUCAACUUUUGUAUCAGACUUUAUCACAAGUUCAGUGUUGGACAAAUUUGGUGACAUGCAAGAUUGGCCUGAGUGUUUUUUCUCA